AUGGGAGUUCCGAUGCUCCGACCGAGCCCUAGCAGCCCUGGCUUACCAAGCAUCCUCGCGUUGAACCCAGCCUGGCUGGACAUCUUCCGUUUCUGCAGCAUCCGAGACCUAGGUGCCAGCUUGGCAGUCGACCGGAAUUGGAGAGCCGCCGGCGACUCCCACCACGUGUGGGCCGAUGCCUAUGAUCGAACGCAAAGAGUGGAUGACUCCAGUGCUCCGAGCGGUGAGAAUCUGCUCCGGUCGCUCAUCGAACGACCCUUCGGGGAGGAUGCGGUGGGAUGGCAUGUAGCGGUCCUGGCCGAAGACCACGGCUAUAGCAAUGAGCGCUACUACACAGGCUGGGAUAGCGGACGGGAGGCUUGCGCUCCAGAUUCCCAUGAGAUGCAGGACGAGUCGUUGCCUACAGUGCCGAAACCGACACCUACCUAA